CCUGAAAUAGCUCCUUAAUUUCUGCUUUUCAAUUCAGAAAAAAAAAAUCAUGGGAAAAGGAGGUGGAUGUUUUCCUAGCAAGAACAAGAUUGUUAAAACCACAAACAAAUAUGCAAAUUCUGCAACAAAACCUACCUCUGCAACAGACACGACGGUUCUUUCUCCGACCAAGAACCUUAAAGUCUUCAUCGUGUUUUAUUCCAUGUAUGGACACGUGGAGAGCUUAGCAAAGAGAAUGAAGAAAGGAGUAGACACAGUGGAUGGAGUAGAAGGGGUACUAUAUAGAGUCCCUGAAACAUUGUCUGAGGAUGUUCUUGUCCAAAUGCAGGCCCCACCUAAGGAUGACACCAUUCUUGAGUUACCAUCUCCAUUGGAGCUUGCUGAUGCUGAUGGAUUCUUGUUUGGGUUUCCCACCAGAUAUGGUUGCAUGGCGGCUCAAAUGAAGGCGUUCUUUGAUUCGACCGGGCUUCUGUGGAAGGAACAGAAGCUUGCUGGAAAGCCUGCUGGAUUUUUUGUGAGUACUGGGAGUCAAGGAGGUGGACAAGAAACCACUGCUUGGACAGCAAUCACCCAACUAGCACACCAUGGAAUGCUCUUUGUUCCAAUUGGCUACAAGUUCGGAGCUGACAUGUUCGAUAUGGACUCCAUCCGAGGAGGUUCGCCGUAUGGUGCUGGUGUAUUUGCUGGAGAUGGUUCGAGAAAAGCUACUGAAACCGAGCUGGCACUCGCGGAAUAUCAGGGCAAAUAUAUGGGUGCAGUAGUCAAGAAGCUGGUUCAUGGUUGAUGAGGACAUUGCCCCAUGAAGCUUUUAAUAUUUUCUUGCUUUACUCCAAAAUUCAGUACUACUUUCCUAAUGUGGAAAGAUUUGUCCCUUUUGCAUUAUGUUGCAGUUCAUGUCUUCUGAUUGGUCAUGAAGAUACUGAUAAUUCAUCUUUACAAAGACUAGAUUAUUCAUCCCCUUCCCCUGCUUUGCCUUUUGAUA